AUGGACACGGAGGUGGCCCAGCGCGCACACGAGCUUUGCCGGCAGUGGGACACUGAAGGCGACGGCGCCUUGCACUUCAGCAAGCUGCAGGCGGUGCUCAAGGAGGUCUGCCCUGAGGCGGAUGAGGAAGAGCUGAAGACGUUGAUCAGUAGCGUGGACAUCAACGGGGACGGCGUGGUGCAAUAUGAGGAAUUCCUGCGGUGGCUUCGCUUCCCGCCUGCGGCCUCGGGCGUGAAGAUGUCCUUUGAGGAGCCCUUGGGCGAUGCCUGUGACCAGAGCCGCGGCUUGCAGGACACGUUGAAGAGUGGCAUGCUGGACCGCAUCAAAUUGGACCAGGAGUGA